AUGGAGCGGUACGAGGUGAUCAGGGACAUCGGGUCGGGCAGCUUCGGGGUGGCCAAGCUCGUCCGGGACGUCACCACCAAGGAGCGCUUCGCCGUCAAGUUCAUCGAGAGAGGUCAGAAGAUUGAUGAACAUGUUCAGAGGGAGAUUAUGAACCACCGGUCCCUGAAGCACCCAAACAUAAUUAGAUUCAAGGAGGUAGUGCUAACUCCCACACAUUUGGCAAUAGUUAUGGAAUAUGCUGCCGGGGGUGAGCUAUUUGAAAGAAUUUGCAAUGCGGGGAGAUUUAGUGAGGAUGAGGCAAGGUUCUUCUUCCAACAACUGAUUUCGGGAGUGAGCUAUUGUCAUUCCAUGCAAGUAUGUCAUAGAGAUCUGAAACUAGAAAACACUCUCUUAGAUGGUAGUGUUGCACCUCGGCUCAAGAUCUGUGAUUUCGGUUACUCCAAGUCUUCUGUGCUGCACUCUCAACCGAAAUCAACUGUUGGCACACCUGCAUAUAUUGCUCCAGAGGUCCUCUCUAGAAAAGAGUAUGAUGGAAAGGUUGCUGAUGUUUGGUCUUGUGGAGUAACACUAUAUGUGAUGCUCGUCGGCGCAUAUCCUUUUGAAGACCCUGAUGACCCAAAGAACUUCCGCAAGACUAUCACUAGAAUACUCAGCGUACAAUACUCAAUUCCAGACUAUGUUCGCGUUUCAGCGGAGUGCAGGCAUCUGCUGUCUCGGAUAUUUGUUGGAAAUCCUGAGCAGAGAAUAACCAUUCCCGAGAUCAAGAACCACCCGUGGUUCCUCAAGAACCUGCCCAUCGAGAUGACCGACGAGUACCAGCAGAGCACGCAGCUGGCUGACACGAACACCCCGGGGCAAAGCCUGGAGGAUGUCAUGGCGAUCAUCCAGGAGGCGCGGAAGCCUGGGGACGCCGUGAACCUUGCCGGGCACCUGCCCUGCCUCGGGAGCAUGGAUCUUGAUGACAUUGAUUUGGACGAUAUCGAUGACAUCGACAUCGAGAACAGCGGCGACUUCGUUUGUGCAGUGUGA